UUACAGCGGCCCUGAUACCGAAGGACAGCUUUUGAAUUCCUUCAUCCAGUAUUUUGGCGACAGCCUUGGGAGGAAGGUUAAAAGAAUGCCUUUAAUUGAAGAAACUGUUCUGCCUGGGGACUCCCUCCUUACUCUGCCUGUAGUAAUAAUAGGAAAUGGACCUUCAGGAAUUUGUCUUUCUUACCUGCUCUCUGGAUACAGGCCAUAUUUAUCUCCUGAAGCUAUACACCCGAACCCCAUUCUACAUACGAAAUUAGAAGAAGCUCGACAUCUUUCCAUUGUUGAUCAAGAUCUGGAGUACUUGUCUGAAGGCUGCUCUUCAAACCCAGUUGCAGUGCUUUUUGAUACACUGCUUCAUCCUGAUGCUGACUUUGGGUAUGACUACCCACCAGUUUUGCACUGGAAGCUAGAACAACAUAAUUAUAUUCCCCAUAUAGUGCUUGGUAAAGGACCACCUGGUGGGGCUUGGCAUUCCAUGGAAGGCUCUAUGCUAACAAUCAGUUUUGGAGACUGGAUGGAAUUGCCUGGCCUCACCUUUAAGGAGUGGGCAGCUAGCAAACGCAGAAAUAUAAAGAGUGAUCGCGUAAUGCCAGAGGAAAUAGCUUGUUAUUAUAAACACUAUGUUACAGUCAUGGGCCUCCAAAAGAAUUUCAGAGACAACGUUUACAUAACAUCAGUAUCCAGGCUUUACCGAGGAAAGGAUGAUGAAGAUAGGAGUCAACUAAAUGAAAAUAUUUCAACCCAGCAUUUGGAAAUGGAAGAUGGACAGAAAUCACUAAUUAAGAGAAACUGGGAAGUCAGAGGUUAUCAGCGAGCAACAGAUGGUUCUCAUGUGCCCUUCUGCCUCUUUGCUGAGAACGUGGCUCUUGCCACAGGAACCUUUGAUUCUCCUGGACGACUACAAGUUGAAGGAGAAGACUUUCCUUUUGUGCUUCAUUCCAUGUCUGACUUCGGAGCUGCUAUCAGCAAAGGAAAGUUACGUGGGAAGGCAGACCCUGUGUUAAUUGUGGGUGCUGGACUUACAGCAGCUGAUGCAGUACUGUGUGCCUACAACAACAACAUCCCAGUAAUCCAUGUGUUUCGUAGAAGAGUUACCGAUACAAGUCUAAUUUUCAAACAGUUACCUAAAAAGCUUUACCCUGAAUACCAUAAGGUCUAUCAUAUGAUGUGUACUCAAUCACAUACUGUGGACUCUAAUCUUCAUUCUGCUUACACUAGUUUCCCUGAACACAAUGUACUUUCCUUCAAGCCUGAAAUGAAAUGUGUUCUUCAGAGUGCCUCCGGACUGAAGAAAAUUUUGAAGUUUUCUGUAGCCUUAGUUCUGAUAGGUUCUCACCCAAAUCUUUUUUUUCUAAAGGACCAAGGACACAGCAUAGGUCAUCACUCUAAUCAGCCCAUCACAUGCAAGGGGAAUCCUAUAGAGAUUGAUCCAUACACUUACGAAUGCACUAAAGAAGCUAACCUCUUUGCUUUAGGUCCUCUGGUGGGAGACAACUUUGUACGGUUUUUAAAAGGAGGUGCAUUGGGCAUUGCACGAUGCUUGGCAACAAGACAAAAGAAGAAACAUGAAUUGAUUGAAAGUGGGGAUGGAGGAGGUGAUGGGGUACCAUAAAUGAGACAUUAGAAACUUUCACAUACAGGAUUACAGACGUAGUCUAACAGAACACUCACUGACAGCGAAAGUUGAUAGCAGUCACAUUUCUGUUGUAUACAAGUAACCUGCGCUUGUAUUGCUUGGUAAAGGAUGCUGAUACUACAAUACUUCACCUUUUCAAAAUACAAAAAUAUUGAUCUGCUAUUACAACUGAUCUCUACUCAACUGGAAUUACUUCCAGAUAAACAGAAAAUGAGACUAACUUACAUUGACCUACCUGUCAUCUCUCGCUCAGCUAAAAGAGCAGGCUUCCUCUGGGAAAAGCAAUGCUUACCAGAGUGGCUUUACAUUUUAGUGUCAAAUGUGACAAAAUAUUUUUAUCAUGAAAUUAAAAUAACUUCUAAAAGCAGAAAGCUUGCUUAGUACAAAGUGAUUCUUGGUCAAGCAAAUUUGGAGCCUUCUGCUUGAAACAAGGAUUUUAUUUAUUUGCCAUAG